AUGUGCAAAUACACCAUCCACAAUUACGAAUGCGGUCACAAAGCCGAAGACCACGUCGACUCGAGCCAGUGCCCUGAGUUCCGGAGAACAGGAGUUCACUGUGAUCGCGACAAUCCAGCAAAUAAGAAACAGAAACGAGUCAAGAUCAAGACGAAGGGCCGCAACGGUGUCUGCGAGCCAUGUCUGCGCCCGCAUCGCGAAGCCGCAGAGACAACCGCGCUGAAACUUGAUCUAGCAAAAGCCCGCAGGAUCAGUUUGAUCGAGGCCAAAGCGCAUGAAGAAUACAUGCAGCGUGCAGAGCAGCGAGCUUGUGAAGAAAGUCUUGCUCAGGCGGUGGAGCACGAGAAAGCCCAAGACGCACGCAUUGCAGAACUCGAGCGACAAAGUACUGAGGAAUAUGCACGUAAACUGCAAGAGCAGAAAGAUGCUGAUUACGAGUUCAUGCUGAGAAAGUCGAGGGAAGAAGCAGAUCAUGCUGCUCAGCAACAGGAGAUAGAGGCAAUGCAGCGGGCCUUUCAAGAGUCAAUGCAGUUAAAUCGACUACAACGGGACAAUCAAGAUAUACCACCUCGAAGUUGGACAGAAGACCUCGGUGGUGGCCUGACAGCAGAGUGGACUGAAACUAAGACAACUACAUGGACAACGAACAAAGGAAAGGCACCCGCAAUCCCAAAUCCACCUUUUCUUUUAUCGAGCUCGACUCAAACUCUCACAUCUACUCCCCCACCCCCACCUGCAAAGCAGCAAACCAUACCAGUCCCCCCACCACUACCCCGAACCACAAUCCUCAAAGCCCCCACUCUCCCUCCAACAAAGAAGCCCUCCCCAAACUCCAUAGAGCCCAAACCAGUAAACUACAGCAUCCCAGCCAUGGGCCCCCAAAACAUCGGCCGCUUCAAACUCGGCACGCGCUCCCAGCCCAUUCACCCGUCUCAAGAACGUGAGGAACCCAAAAGCCCCAUCUCACCCAUAUCACCAAGUGCACCGGCACCGUUUGCCCGCCUUGGUGGUCAGAUAACACCCAAUAUCCCCCCAGCUAUGGGACAAACACAUCGUCCAGGGCUAGAGGGACCUUUGGGCACUGCUGCAAGGUCUGGACCACGGCGUACUGCGGGACCGAGAACCUCGUUGGAGUCACCCGAGGAGCCGCAGGUUGAUGCCCAGUUGCAGGCGCUGUUGGCGAAACGGAGGAUGUGGGAGCCUGAGGAGGAUGAUGAUAGGUCUGAUGAUGUAUUGUAG